AUGAAACCCAGUUUCGAGCCAUUCCAACAAAAAUCAAGCAAUACGUAUGGCAGUAAUAAUAAUAAUGAUAAUGAUGCAUCCAAUAAAGAGAAUAUGACACCUUCCACGGGUAUGGCCCAACAACAUGCAAUUAAUGAAAUUAAAUUGUUCUUUGAGGAGAAGCUAUUGAAUGUUUUAGAGGAUCUAGAUGACCCAUUGGAAUUAUUUAUGGAAUACAUCGCAUCCAUUGUAGAGUUAGUACCAGAAAAUGAUCCAUUUUUAAUGAACAUGAUAGAACGUUGCUUACUAUAUAUAAUAGAAGUUGAUACUUAUCUUAAUGACCCAAGAUAUCUGAGCGUAUGGCUAAGGUAUAUUCAGCUUCUCGAAGGAAGAGGUCUAAUGAAAACAGAGCCUGAAGUGUUGGCUAUCUUUCAAUACAUGUUUAAUAUGAAAAUUGGUAGCCGUUUAGCCUUAUUUUAUGAAGCAUUCUCUCAAAGGUUAGCCCGAAUGAACAGAUUCAUAGAAGCCCAUUACAUUAUGGAAUUAGGAAUACAAAGAAAUGCAAGACCAUAUACAAGAAUAAUUGAAACUUUGCAUAAUUUUGAAGAUAGACUUCGAAAUUCAGGUAUUGAUUUGAAUAAUGAGCCAGCUGUAGAUUUGAAAUUUAUACAACAGAACGUGAUACCAUCCUUUAUUGAGAGCCACUCUGGGACUAAUUUUUUUCAUGAGCUAGAACAGCAUGAUAAAUCAAGGAGAGAACAACUAGGGAAUAAACCCUUGCUAUGGAAGGUAAAUAAGGAAAUCACGUCAAUAUAUGAAAGUAACGUAAAGGGGCUUAAUCAUCUUCCGUUUGUCAAUACUGAACCAACACCAGAAACAGGAGCUGUUAUUACUAAGCUACCUGUAUUUACAGACAAUAUUAUAGAGGAAAAUAAUAAGACUUCUACUCUCCCUAAGAAAGUUCACAAAAUAAUCGAAGUAUCAGGGCGAAAACCAGAGCAAGUAGAUUGCAAUUUUGAUUUGCUAUAUGUAAACGAUGACCAAGAAUUUUGUAUAGAAGAGAUCUUAGCUCUUUCUAGGGGAUUAUAUUAUAAGACAAGAGAGCAUAAAGGAAAAAACUCAAAGGAACUUAAUGCUUUAUUACCUGCAUCCACUUUACAAAAAAAAAAACGAAGAAAAUUGGGUCCAUUAAUGGAGAAAUCAACAGACAUACCAUCUGUACAGCGAAUACCAUUAUCCACAUCAGCGUCGGUUACCCAAAUUUCCAGUGAUGAAGCAAAACAAAUUCAACCAAAAAAUGAUUAUGUGAACGUAACAAAAAUAUCUAUUUUACCUUUAAAGGAUGAACCUCAAACAAUGGAAGACUUGAAUAAGACACCAAAGAGAUCAGAUGUGAAUAAAGCGCACACUAAUUCACCUACCGUAACUAUGUAUUCAAAGGAUGCAAUGAAUGAAAUUUAUUCGAUGUUUAAUCAACAUUAUCAGGAAUCUGAUAUACCACAGGAGAAAGAUGAUACUACUGGUAAAUUUUCUCUUGAUGAUAAUUUCACACAAGAAUUUACAAGACAAAAUAUCGACGAUUUAACAGAAAUAAAACCACCAUAUCCAAGUUCUAUACCGCAUGAAACACCAAAAAGAAUAGAAACAGAAGAUACAGAUGAUAUUAUCUCUGAUCCGUCUAACAAUUUAACAUAUAAAAGUAAGCUUUCUGCAUAUAUGACACCAAUCCAAGAAAAGACAGAAAACAUAAUGCCUUCACAAAGUGAACCGUAUCAAGAUUCGUAUCAUAAAAGUGAAAGUAAUACUACUCAAAGUUCUCCCUUUCUUACACAACCACAAGAUCAUAUCCAUGAAAAUGGUAUAGUUCCAUUAGAUUUGAACCAAGGACAAGAAAAUAUUAUCGAGCACCCAUUGGAUUUAGAUAUGCGAUCAAAGCUACUCGAUUCAUUAGAUCCACCAUUAGAUAAGUAUCAGACAUUUUACCGUUAUAACCAAUCUUUAAAAAUGAGCUCAUUGCUGAAGAAAAUUCACAAGGAAUCCAUGGAUGAGAACAAGAAUCCAAUUGUCGAUUUUAAGAAGACGGGUGAUCUUUAUUGCAUUAGAGCAGAACUUGGAGAAGGUGGUUACGCCACUGUAUAUUUGGCCGAGUCUGCAACUGGUAAUUUAAGAGCUCUCAAAGUGGAAAAACCUGCUAGUGUUUGGGAAUAUUACAUUUUAAAACAAGUAGAGGAUAGAUUAAAUGAACUUCCAAUAUUAAACUCUAUCAUUAAUGCACAUGCUUUACACUUUUUCACAGAUGAAAGUUAUCUUGUCUUAAACUAUGCUAACCAAGGAACAAUACUUGACUUAAUUAAUUUUCAAAGGGAAAAGUUUCAAAAUACUGUCGAUGAGACGUUAUGUAUGUUUUUAACUGUUGAAUUAAUGAAAGUUUUGGAGUAUGUGCACGAGGUGGGAAUAAUACAUGGUGAUUUAAAACCCGAUAAUUGUAUGAUUAGAUUUCAAAGCGGUAACUUGGGUUCAUAUUCUGGUGAUGGUUCCGCCGGUUGGGAUCGGAAGGGAAUAUAUUUAAUUGAUUUCGGUAGAUCGUUUGAUUUAUCUUUAUUUCCACCCAAUACAAAGUUCAAGGCAGAUUGGAAAUUAGAUAAACAAGAUUGCUUCGAAAUGAGAAGUGGAGUUCCAUGGACUUAUGAAGCGGAUUAUUACGGACUAGCUGGUAUAAUACAUGCCAUGUUAUAUGGUACACUGAUUGAAACGGUUAGAAUGCCCAGCGGGCAUUUUAAGAUUAAAAAUUCGCUUAAAAGGUACUGGAUGAAAGGUAUAUGGACAUCUGUUUUUGAAACAUUACUAAAUAGUGGAAGUUUUAACCAACUACCUAUUACCUCGAUGAUUAAAUCGUUACGAUUACGCAUCGAGGACUAUCUAAGUGAGAAUGCCAGUGAUCACUUGAGAAGUAUUAUCCUUGAUCUAGAGCCAGAAUUGUCAGCAUACAAAGGCAAGAUACAAAACAUUAAAACAAGAGGCAAACGUUCAACGAAUUGA